AUGUUUGUAACGCCAAAAGAAAAUGUGGAUAAAGAGUUCGGUAAUGAAGUCGUCACUAACAUUAAGAAUAUGCUCGAUACUUUGCUAAUACAAAACGCCAAUCAGCAGAAGGAUAUAAAUGUUAAUGUAAAUUUGAAGUUGGAGCCCAGCCUCGAAGCGUUAUGAGACUUCAUGUGCAGAACAUUCGACCGAAAAGAUGCCACAGAGGAAUAUGAAGGAAAUAGUUCAGUUGAAGAUUUUGAUAAAUGGAUGCGUGAACAUUUCGGUCCGAUUGUAAAGACGUCGACGUACGACGAAGAUACAGACAACAGCGAGCAGGAAAAUUCUGUAGAGAGAUCGGAAGAAAGUUUUGAAUCCUGUUCAAUGCUGUUUUCAGGAGAAUGUUCAAAAGAAAGUGUCGAAAAUACGCAAGAGAAUAAUAACCAAUAUUUAGAUGUUACUUUUGAUUCUAAGUUUGACGAUAUAAUAAAGUCUUCCGAGGAAAAUACGGUAAGCUUAGAAACUACAGAGAGCAAUGAAGAAACCGGCAGUUAUAAUUAUGAUUAUAUAUUUGUGCCAACAACAAUGCAUUCACUGGAACCAAGCGAAAUAGUUGAAGAAGUGUCCAAUUUACAUAGUGACGGAGAUACGAAAGAAACCGAAGAAACUGAUACAGUCGUGAUUGAUUCCAAUGAAUCGGAGAGUAGUGAGGAAACUCCAUCACCCAUAAUUGUAUCGAACGAAUCGAAGAGUAGUGAAGAAACAAACAAAGUUGUAACGGAAUCGAACGAAUCGAAGAGUAUUGAGGAAACUGAAAUACGCUUCGAUGAUUCAAAUGAAUCGAAGAGUAGUGAGGAAACUCCAUCACCCAUAAUUGUAUCGAACGAAUCGAAGAGUAGUGAAGAAACAAACAAAGUUGUAACGGAUCGAGAGAAUUUUUUUUUUGUUUUUUGA